AUGGAUGACAACGAAGUUGGAAUGAAGAAGAGGAAAACCUAUCGCAUAGCAAAGAAGGAUGAUAAGAACGUAGCGUUUGAGACCAAAGGGAGUGAAGAUGCGAAGGACGGUAAGGUUACAGAAGAUGACACGCAGAUCGACAGUAAUGUCCUCGAAGGACUUAUUCCAGACAUUGAGGACUACAUGGGUGCCACCCUGUCGGCCGAAGAAACAACUGCCGUAGUUGAACUGCCGCCCGUCAUUAAAUUCAGGAAAAACUGGACACUAUCAGUCACUGAUCUGUCAUCGCAGUUGUGGUGCGAAAAGCAAACUGAGCUCAUGCUCAUCACUGGACGGAAGCGUGUCACGAAGGAGAUGGAGCAAGGGACAGAGCGGCAUGAGCAGCUCGAGCUGGAAGACCACGAGGUGGUUGAGGUUGCAGUGGAGACCAAUGAGGACUUCCUGGGCAUUAAAUUGCUCAACUCAGUCAACCUUAUAGACCAGCUCAUGUCUACGGGGAAGUGUCGCGAGCUGUGGCUUUUCGCAAACAUUAACGGCUACGUUCUCCGCGGGGUCAUCGACCAGCUGGAGAUCAUCAGGUCGGGACCAACAAGGCAGAAGAAAGUGUGCAUAUCGGAUACCAAGACGCGCAACAAAAAGAGCAAGCCCAGCGCCUCUCAGAUGCAAGGUGCCGCGUUACAGGUUCAAACCUAUUGCAUAAUGCUAGAAAGGAUGCGCGGCGGAAAAGAGGGAUUUGAUGCGCUUUAUAAAGCCUUUGAGUGCGACAAGGAGGCUCCCUUUGUAUCACCAGAACUCGUAGAUGAGGGGUGCCUGGCUAAGCUCGAAAAGCGGUUCCGAAACGCCUUCAUGCGCCUCCCGGAAAUCGCAACGACCAUGCAAUUGUCGUACGAGCACCAGGGGGAGGUGUUCAACACAUCAAAUAUUGAUCUCCAAAAAUCAUCCACUAUGUAUACUAUCCAGUACCUGUGCGAUUUCUGGGAUGGAAACCGACAUGCGGAGCCUGUUAGAAAACAAGAGUCGUGGAAGUGCAAAAUGUGCGAAUACAGGGAGGAAUGCGACGUAUCCCCAUUGCCUAAAGGGUCACGCCCAAAGGAUGCGCUUCCUCCGGGCCAGAUGCUGUUAGACAGCUUCUUAGAGAUACGGCCACGAAAGGAGUCCCCCAAAAGCUGA